AUGGACUCUACGAAGGCAUUGGCAGUGGUCAAUCGAUUGGGAACCAUGAAGACGGUCCGUGUCUGUUUUCUCCGAAAUGGGGAUCCAUUCUUCCGAGGCGUCAUGCUCUCUGUGUCCCCAUGCAAAUACAAAGAUUUUGGCAUACUCUUGGAGGACGUAACCCGCGUCCUGCACUCACAUGUCGUGCUCCGAUCGGGCAUCGAACACAUAUGGCGCACUAAUGGCACUCCGAUUACCUUUCUGGAUUCCUUUUUGGAUGGGGACAUCGUCGUCUGCUGCUGCCGGUACGAGAGGUUCAUCGAAAUGGACUACUCUGUGAGUAGACAUUUUGGACGGCUGCGGACAGCGAUACCACGCUGGAUUAACAGUCGGAAGGCCUCUAAUGAAACGAUGCCAAAGGUCCUUCCCGACUCCGUUGCGAUCUACAUUGAUGAACGCUUCAGGUUAGUGAAUAGCCAAACGACCGCUAUCUGCUUGGCUAAGCCCAAGACGAACGAAGUCCGGAGAUGCAUUGUCAAGGUGGUGAACGAGAAGUACAUGCUCAAUCGUGAUGCCAAGUACAAAGAAGUGGAGAUCAUGCGCAAGCUGCAGACCCAUCCGAACGUCGUUGAUCUAAUUUUCACCGUUCACAGGCCGGGGUACCCGUACACAUUUUUUGUGAUCGAGUGCAUGGCCUGCAGUGUGCAAGAUAUGAGGGCUCGCCAAGGCAGGAUUCCCGAGCCCACAGUCCACAGGGUCAUGAGAGACGUCGCCUGUGGGCUGACCUACAUACACGCCAAUGGAAUCAUCCAUCGCGACAUAAAACCCGAUAACCUGCUCCUAAGUUUCGCUGCCGGUGUUUUAGUUGCUAAGAUCGCAGAUUUUGGAGCGGCUACCUAUUUCGAGGACGGAGCGAUGAACGGCUUUGUCGGAACUGCAAGGUACAUAGCUCCCGAGAUAAUUCUUGGCUGUAAAUACGACUACCGGGUGGAUACCUGGUCCUUUGGUGUCACUCUCUUUUGUAUGUUGUUCAUUCAGCACCCCUUCGGCAAGGGCUACACGGAUAUUCGUGAUAUCUGCAACGAUGCUGUGGUUAGUGAGUACCAGUUUCCUUUGGAUCUCAAGGACUGUAUCAGCGAGGAUGCCAAGAGUCUGAUCGACGCGCUGCUGGUAAAGGAUCCAAUCUUGCGACUCACUUCUGCUGAGAUUUUCCAGCACCCCUUUAUGCUCAGUGGCAGCAUAACAGAUUCUGAAAGAUAA